UACAUUUUUCGAAAAAUCGCUAUUUUGUAUGAAACCGAUUAUUUUAUUUUUGAUUUAAUCGCUUAUGAGCUACGCGGGAAUUGGGAUUAUUUCUAACUUCUGUAGGUUGGCAUGAGCCAUUGAUUUUUUUUCUUAUCAGAUUCGCUGUUAUCAGUUGUUAUCAAAAUCGGGAAAUCUAUACCCGUCCCAUGAGCCAUGAGGACACAUCCGAAUGACUUGUUGCCACGUCGAAUACAACAAGUAACACAUGAACAUCAUUGCAUCAGCUUCCUAUCUUAGUACUACAUUACUCACCUCUGUAUUUAAAGUAAAAUUUUUGAAAUUUCACAAGACAAAGGCAAAUAUAAGUAUUUACUGUAUUUAGCAUAAAGAAGAAACUCAUAGUGUCAGUCAUCUGUCGCCAGACUUGAGGUUAUCUUGAUGAAUACCAUGGAACAAUUUAAUGAAAAAGAUUUCGCUAGGUUCAUCAAACGUCACCUAGAAAAAAAUAGAAAAAUAAACGGACAGAUAAGCUGGCUACAAAGCGUAAUGCUAUACAUUCAUAUACGCUAUGACCCUCUUGGUCGUUCAACAAGUGUUGGACGUAUAAUUCUUUCUGCUGAAGAAGGUACUACAGAAAGUAGAAUCAGGAACUACCAUAGUUACCUCAGCAUUGAAAAAAUGAAUAUGGUGGCUACUGCAAUAAUGAAGGACAUAGUUUAUUAUUAUGCGAGAAUGAAUUUUGCUGAAAAGAAUACUUGGUCUAUAUUUGUGGUAAAAUGUCUGUCAAUCCCCAGAGAACAACUAAAACGAUAUGCUUAUUUAAUUGAGGAUUAAAAGACUAAAAUUAUUAGCUUAAAUAUUAGAUUCAUAAUAGUUAAUUUCAAUAAUUCUUCCUGAUGAAAGUAUCAUUAAUGGGUGUUUUUCAUGAAAAACUACAUGUUU